GGUAUUCGAGCAGCGAUCACUUUUUCAAGUGCGCCCACAAUGAUCUAGAGAAAACAAUUGAUCUGUAGUUGAACUAACCAAAAAUAUAUACACUGGGAAUACAAACACGGAGCCGAUGAACGCUGCCGCCAAACGGAGCCAAGAUGCCGCGCAAGCUGCUUAAAUUCCUGAUCAUCUUCGACAACACCUCCCUGCUGUACUUCCCGGGACAGUUCCUCUCCGGCAGGGUGCUCAUCGAACUGCAGGACGAGACUCCGGCUCUGGGACUCCACUUCCAUGUGGUCGGCGAGGGCGUGGUGCGCAACGGGCGGCGGCAGGAGCGGACGUACGACAAGGAGAACUACAUCGACUUCCGCAUGCGGCUCCUGGGGGACGUGGACCAGGGCGGUCCGGCCAUACUCUCGCCGGGAAUACACAGCUUUCCCUUCAAGCUCGGCUUGCCGCUGGGCCUACCCUCUACAUUCCUGGGACGCUACGGCUGGAUCCAGUUCUACUGCAAGGCUGCACUGCGCGAGAACAACGGCAUUAUCCACAAGAACCACCAGGUCUUCAUCGUGAUGAACCCCAUCGACCUGAACCUGGAAAAGCCCAUUUUGGCACAACCUUUCACCUGCGAAGUGGAGCACAAGCUGGGCGUCGUGUGCGUGGGCGGAGGCCAGAUCAAAUGCAGGGUGUCCCUGGACCGCGGUGGCUAUGUGCCCGGCGAGAAUAUUCUGGUAACCGCCUUCAUCUCCAACUACAGCAAUGUGUCCAUCAAGCGGACCAAGGCGUCGCUGACUGAGACCAUCGAGUAUUUGGCGCGUGGCAAGGUUGUGCAGACGGAGAAGCGGGAGCUGGCCGUCCUGGUGCGCGGCAAGGUCCGUCCGGGGGGCAAGGACGAGUGGCAUAACGAGCUCUAUGUGCCGCCCCUGCCGCCGACCAACCUGCACGGCUGCCACCUUAUCAAAAUUUCAUACGACGUGUUCUUCGUCAUUGAGCCCAAGUCCAUGGAGAAGGAGAUCAAGCUGCAGCUGCCAAUUGUGCUGGCCACGUACCCGUUCCGACACUCCGGGGAUGCGGCGAACGCCAACACCUGGCCGGAGUCGGUGCUCAAGCCGGACACCCACACCCACUAUCCGUCCACGUUGCCAAUAUUCCGGCCCUGGCUGCACGAGAAGCCCAGCGAGGCAUAGCCUCUGGUCUCUGGGGUCAUAGUUUUGUUAACAACGAUUUCAGCCAUACACUAAUUUAAUAGUAUUUAACUUGUACGUACCGUUUCUAAUGUGUUUACCUUGUGCAACUGUGCGACUUACUUGUUUCUGAAAAUAACUUCAAGAUUAAACAAUGUCAAUAAUAA